AUGUUCUCCUAUCGACGAGACCAGGCUAUUGAGGCUUCUACUUGCAUGCUCGGCCUAAGGUAUCAAGCAUUGCGAGACGCACGAGACUUCUGGACAACAGCGCUAAGUUCUGUAGCAUCUGGGGUGCAUCUGGGAUCUGCAGAUGAGCUGGCUUUCUUGGAUGCGAAGGUCAUCUAUUUCAUUCCCGAAGCACUCAUCCCCGACAAGUUCUACACGUCCGCAGGGCAGUUCGCAGACUUUAGCAUUUUGGCAUUCCAGAAAUAUCGCAUUAAGAAAGACGUCAUGCACUGCGUUGGGGGAGUUGUGCAGUGGCGGAGGAGUUGUGCACGUGCAGUGGCGGAGGAUCGUGCAGGGACGGAGAAGUCGUGCAGUGAGAGGGAGGAGUCGUGCAGUGACGAGAGGGAGGCGUUGUGCAGUGACGAGAGGGAGGAGUUGUGCAGUGACGAGAGGGAGGAGUCGUGCAGUGACGGACCAGCUGUGCGGAAGAAGACGUGCGGACUUUGGAAGGAGAGGAGGUCGGAAAAGUAA